AUGGCUUCACAAGAUGAACCCCUCGGGGAUGUCAUCAACCUCUCUUCCAGCGAUGACGACACACCAUCUCAUAAGCACUCACUGCAGGAAUCGGAUAGUUCCGAGUCUACGGAUAGCUCUUCUCGUCGACGGAAACGCAUUAGGACCGCGUCUGCGCCGGGUGCGCAUUCCGCCAUCAUGGGCACCCCUGAUACGGGCGCCGAGGAGGGCGAGAUUGAGGACGACUCAACCAUGGCUCACAGCGGCAUCAGCCCGCCUGCUGGCGAACAAGCAUUUGGAAAGUCAGCUGCCGCGUCGUGCGUCUUCAUGCCUAAAGAUCCGCUCGUGUUCGAGGCCUCGAUAGACGGUACCUCGGUCGACUUCAACCUGCCUGUUUUCUCGCAGAAGCCUUCCAUCACAGCGUCGGUUGUGGCCGGGGGCUACAACUUCUACCUGGACCAGAGCUCUGGCAUCAGAACCAAGAAGAAGAAGAGUGCCAAACAGUCUGUCGACGCAAUGAUGAACGAUGGGCGCCUUAAAACCAUUGUUGACGAGAAUACUCGUGCGACAGACCCGACGCCAGCUGCCGCCUCGGCUACGGCGCCACAGAGCGAUGAUGACGAAUACGAGCCAAAGAUGGACACCGUCGUUUCGGAGACAUCGUCACAACACGGCAGUGGCGAUGCAGGAAAUAAUGGUGAGGCACCUUCGCAGCUUCCCGUACUGUCGGAGGGCGAGGUGGCGCAGUUGCGCAGGUACUUUCCCUCCGCCAAAGAUCCAACCAACAUGUGCUUGCUGUGUGGCGGCGUCGGGCACACGUCAGCCAACUGUUCCAAGGCAUCUUGCAAAUUCUGUGACAGCCCCAAACACUGGUCAUAUGCUUGUCCCACGCGUGUAAGGUGUGGAAAUUGUCGGCAGCUAGGCCACACCUCAUCCGUCUGUACGGAGCGGCUCGCCCUGACGAAAGAUGAGGGACUGGCCUGCUGCUUCUGUGGCUCGCCAGGCCACCUAGAGGACGACUGUACGGAGAUAUGGCGCUCAUUUGUGCCUACGGAAGAUGCAGUGAGGACGGUUACCUAUAUUGCUCCGUCAUGCUCAGUGUGCGGCAGCGGGAGUCACUAUGAGGCCGACUGUGACGACCGUCGAGGUGUGCCUGCAAAUCCGACUUGGUCUCUGAAAAACCACGACCGCUAUGUGGACCAAGACUGUGAAGACCUAGCGAUUGAGGGAGCAGUUGCGAAGUCCUCUAGCGCAAAGACUUCGAGAGCACCGGCAGUCAGGGUUCGCGGGCACGCAGCGAGAACCGACAACAUUAUCCGCUAUUCGGAGAGUGACGACUCGGAUGUCGAAUUCCUCGGUAAAAAACCUGUUCAGAAGGCAGCGCCGCGGGCCGGAGGUAUACGUUUGGGUCAGCUGCGUAUGGCCAGUAACAUAGAGAUGCCCUCCGGCACCAUGAAUGACCAGCCUCAGGCACCUCUUUCUGGCCAACCCCCUGUGCCCCCUGGUCUGCCUCCGCGACUGGACUCGGGUAGACGUCGUCCACCAACUGGUCCGGCGCGAGGACCCCGUGGUGACCCUACGAGCCUCCCAUCCAAGCCCCCUCCCGCUGCAUGGGGCCAGCGCAACGCGGCCCCGCCCUCAGGGGGACAGUCGGCUCGCGGCCCUUCCUCGAGAGGAGGGCAGCGUGGAGAGCGUGGUGGUGGUGGCGGCGGCGGCGGGUUUCGAGGCCGUGGUCGGGGUGGUGGCAGGGGCAGAGGAAGGGGAGGAUGGCAAUGA